AGGGGAGGCUACAGGGGACCGAGACCCUCCACCACAGGGGACACUGUGCAGUCCUUUUUCUAGAAGUGGGAAGUACGAGAUUGUUCUACAAGAGGAAGAUUCCAGGGGCUUACAAACACAGAGGUUUGCACCUUGGGAGCCCCUUGGAAUGUUGACAACUCAGGAUCUAAAGGAAAGUUCUGUGUUCAUGAGUUACAGAAUUCAUGUGGAAGUAAAUGUCACUUUAUGAUCAAUAAUAAUACUGAGUGAGGAGCACUAUGCAGGAAGAAAUCUUCCACAGAAAUACAGGCAGGGAGAAGCUUAGGCCAACCUUAGACCUACCUAAUAGAGCAAGCCUGAGAUAAACUGCCAGAAUGGCCAAAUAAGAGACUCUAUGAAAUAGCAAUUGUGUAACUAUAGUAGUCAUACAGAAAUUUUUUCCUCUAAAUCACGAUACCAAAUAGGAAAAAUGAUCUACAAGUGCCCCAUGUGUAGGGAAUUUUUCUCUGAGAGAGCAGAUCUUUUUAUGCAUCAGAAAAUUCACACUGCUGAGAAACCCCAUAAAUGUGACAAGUGUGACAAGGGUUUCUUUCAUAUAUCAGAACUUCAUAUUCAUUGGAGAGACCACACAGGAGAGAAGGUCUAUAAAUGUGAUGAUUGUGGUAAGGAUUUUAGUACUACAACAAAACUUAACAGACAUAAGAAAAUCCACACAGUGGAGAAGCCCUAUAAAUGCUAUGAGUGUGGCAAAGCCUUCAAUUGGAGCUCACAUCUUCAAAUUCACAUGAGAGUUCAUACAGGUGAGAAACCCUAUGUCUGUAGUGAGUGUGGAAGGGGCUUUAGUAAUAGUUCAAACCUUUGCAUGCAUCAGAGAGUCCACACCGGAGAGAAACCCUUUAAAUGUGAAGAGUGUGGGAAGGCCUUCAGGCACACUUCUAGCCUCUGCAUGCAUCAGAGAGUUCACACAGGAGAGAAACCCUAUAAAUGUUAUGAGUGUGGGAAGGCCUUCAGCCAGAGCUCAAGCCUCUGCAUCCAUCAGAGAAGAGUACACACUGGGGAGAAACCCUAUAGAUGUUGUGGGUGUGGGAAGGCCUUCAGCCAGAGCUCAAGCCUCUGCAUCCACCAGAGAGUGCACACUGGGGAGAAACCUUUUAAAUGUGAUGAGUGUGGGAAAGCCUUCAGUCAGAGCACCAGCCUCUGCAUCCACCAGAGAGUGCAUACAAAGGAGAGAAACCAUCUCAAAAUAUCAGUUAUAUAGAGCGUUUUGCUAAGAGUUAAAAAUCUUAAAACCCAUAAGUGCCACUAGGAAGGAAACCCUGUAAAUACCUACAUUGACCUAAGAAAUUUUUACAGCAAGCCCCAGCAGGAUAUUCUUUUUGAAGAGGCAUAUAGUGAGGUUGGUUUUUUUUAGAUUCAUGUCAAGUGUGUGCCACAACUUGGCUUUGAAUCUGGAAUCCCUCUGAGUGUCUGCCCAAGACAGGCUGUGAGGUCCCAGUCAUGGGUGUGCGUUUCCUGGGAUUUAGGCCUGAUGCCUCAGUAAUGGGAAAUACGACACAGGAAACCAUGAUCAUUGCCCAGCCUCCUGAGUCACCUUCUGUCUACGCUUUACCUAAAAGUUACCCCAGUCAUCCCCCCCUUCAGGAGCUCAUGCCCUUCCUUCUCUCGAUUCAGACAUACUGGCUAAUGCAUUUGAAAAUGGACAGCUCCCACAAAGACAGUGUUCUGGUGUUUCUGAGGUUAUCCCUUGGUUCAGCCCCUACAUAUCGUUCCAUAGAUCCCAUUACUUCUGAGCCUGCUUUACCUGUAUGUCCUCACAGUACCCGUAAAUAUCCACCCCUUCCUAGAUGGCAUUAAAUUUCAUUUUAGAUUUUAGGUGACUCAUAAUUUCCAUUCACUUGGCCCAUCAGAGAAAUCACUGGCAGACAUAUAUGCCCUUGAACUUUUUUUUAAAACAUGUGGAUUCUGCUAAUCACUGUGUCUCUAUGUUAGACUUAAUUUUCUAGUGGCUACAUCACAUAUUUUUAACUUGAAUUUUUUGGAAAUAGCUGAAUGUAAAUAGGGAGGAAGAAGUAAGCAAGCAAAGUUGGAACUUUUCUCCAUCCAGAAUUGCCCUCUUGGGCUCCUUUUGUAGCACGUGGAGCUCCUUACUAGCUAGGGGAGACCAUAGGAGAAGUGGAUGGUGGGAGGAGUCACUAAUAAUAUUUAGUCUCUGUUUCUGUAAUUUUGGGCAAUAAUGUGUAGGAGUCCUCAAUACCUUCAUUGAGGAUCAUGUAUUCCUUCGUUUUUAGGCAUGAAUAUCUAUGUCACUCUCUCCUUUCCUUUCUUCAUUCAUUCAACAAGUAUUUAUUGAACACCUCCUAUGUGCCAGGCAUUGUGCUAGGUGCUGGGAAUACCACUGAGUAAGACAGACAAGGGCCCUACUCUCAUGGAGUUUACUUCUGGUGGAGGAGACAGAUGAUACGCAAGUAAGCAAAUACAUAAUGUAGUUUGAGAUAGUGAUUAAGUGCUAUGAAGAAAAUAAACUAGGGUGAUGAUUUAGAGUGGGGG